AUUCCUGACGGAGCCAUUAUCGCUGUUCCUCCAACGCGUCAGAUUACCGGACAGUCAUAUAAAUAAAGGGCUCUAUACACAUCAACCCACGGACGCAGAGACGCGAGGGCACAAUAUGGGGGAGUGAUGGCAGCGUCAGACUGCUACAUUGUGCACGAAAUCUACAAUGGGGAGAAUGCGCAAGACCAGUUUGAGUAUGAGCUGGAGCAGGCACUGGAGGCCCAGUAUAAAUACAUUGUCAUUGAGCCCACACGGAUCGGAGACGAAACGGCCCGUUGGAUUACGGUGGGAAACUGCCUGCAUAAGACGGCUGUGUUAUCAGGCGCUGCAUGCCUCCUGACUCCACUUUCACUUCCCGUCGAAUACUCGCGUUAUGUGGCGUUGCCCGCUGGUGCCCUCAGUGUGGCCUGUGCCGCCCUCUACGGGAUUUCGUGGCAGUUCGAUCCCUGCUGCAAAUACCAGGUGGAAUAUGACAGCCAAAAACUCUCGCGGCUGCCACUGCAUACGCUGACCUCCUCGACGCCCGUGGUUUUGGUACGCAGGGAUGAUGUCCACAGAAAGAGACUCCAUAACACGAUAGCACUAGCUGCCCUGGCAUAUUGUGCCAAGAAGAUCUAUGAACUCUAUGCGGUAUGAGUGCACUGAAGAAGACGAGAAAAAGGAAAACAAACACAAAAACAACAGAACCUAUCCACCCCCAAUAUAAGAAAACUGGAAGUCAAGAUCAGGCCCAGCGGAUAUCCCCGUGGGUGGUGGGUGCUUCCAUUUUGAACUUUGAUCAGAGGGUUAUAGUUAAAACUAGAAGGAAUUGUCCCCCCCCCCCCCCUUCGUUCUAUAUGACAUCAAUAGAAAACUUAUCUCCAUAGUAUUCUUGCGCCUCCUUCCCUGCUCCCCCCACUUGCAUCCCCAAAACACAAGUUAGUGCAAAAGGGUAUGGCAGCAGUUCCUGUGGACUGAAUCGAGUUGGAGUUGAAAUGGGACAAAUAUGUUUUGUGUACCACGCUCUUUCCCCUUUCCCUUGUAGUUUUACUGUACCCCUUUCUUGCUGAUCAGUACAUCAUUGUUUCAUUAAACAUUAGGAUAUUUCAAA